AUUAUCUGUUAAAAAUUCAAUACAGACUUCUCCGUUAUUAAUGUUAACAGAUUCUAGCUCCCGUUAUUCCUCGCCGCACUCCAACCGUUCUACCGUUCCCUCGAAGCAAGCUGCUUCGGAGGCAACCCCUGCACUUGAACAAUACUUUAAUCCGCGAAUGAUUUAUUUAUGGUUAAAAAAUCUCGAAGCCAUUAUACAUUUAUCACAAGCGCUUAACGAAAAAUUAAAUUCUGAUUUCAUUUCAUUGGAAUGGGCACAACAUCGUGAGCUUAUGAAAAAUCACACAAAACACACGCGAGAAAUAACGUCGAAUUUGAUUAAUAGAGAAAUUUCUUUAAUAUCAAGUUAUGUUAUCGAAUACAGCUUUAGCUAUGAACUAAUUCAAGCUAUUGGCAUAAUAAUUUUUAGACCUCCGACUUAUGUGAAAACUAUUUGGGAUACAGUGGCUGAUGUUGUAAAUAAAUCUCAUUCUUCUCAACAAAGCUCAGUUUUAGAUUUGUCUGCAACAAACCUCUCUAGCAACAAUAUAAUUCCGGCUUGUAUGAAAGAAGCUUUUGAUGGGUUAACUCAAAUUGAAUAUAAGCUUGAUCCUUGGGAUUCAAGGCUCGAUGAACUAUGGAAUGUUAAUGUUAAACCGCCUCAAAAAGAUUUAUUGCCUUAUAGUGUAUAUAAUGAUAUUGAUGAUGAUAAACUACCUUAUUUGGAAUUUACAACAGAAAAUUUUAAACACUGGGGUGUAAAAGAACCUGCGAAAGAAUUUAAUUAUGGAUGUACUUGUCGUAAUAAUUGUCGAGAUAUUGAAGCAUGCUCAUGUAUACAACAUUGCGAAGCUGGAUAUCCGUUCAAAAAUGGAAAAUUAGUCAGAUCUGACAUCGGAGCAAUUUAUGAAUGUAAUUCUUUUUGUGGUUGUGAUUAUACUUGUCCUAAUAGAAACAUUCAACAUAAUAAUAUGAACGAUAAAAAUUUACAAAUAUUUAAAACUUCAAAUAGGGGUUGGGGUGUAAGAACUUUGAAACCAAUAAAAGAGGGUUCCUUUGUAACAGAGCAUGUUGGAGAAAUUAUAAACUCAAGAACAUCCAUGCUGAGGUCUAUUUGUUAUGAUAGAUUAAAUAUGAUGGCCUAUUUUGAUUUAGAUUAUGGAUUUGAUAGUGAUAAGGGAUCAAAAAUUCUUUGUCUAGAUUCGAACUAUUGGUGCAAUGUUUCAAGAUUUAUGAAUCAUUCUUGUAAUGCUAAUCUUUUUUUUGUAGAAACUAAAGACAUGAGAUUUCAAAGAAUUGGGUUUUUUGCACAAAGGGAUAUUUCUAAAAAUACAGAACUAACUUUGGAUUAUAGAAUUCAAAAUCCGGAUUUUGAAUGUUUAUGUGGUUCUAAGUUUUGUAGGUAA